AUGAGUGAGCCGGCCGUAAAGGAUCAUCUAGCUUUGAUCAGUUCCACUUUGACGGAACUGUCGCAGAUUUACGUGGGUUCAAUGCCACUGCGCAACUCUAUACUGGAUGUAUUGCUCCCCCAUGCUAUCCACCAGGUCCGGGAAAUCUGGGGGGAUAUCCUCCACCUCUUGGAUGGAAUGGGAAUGGAAUGGGCCACGAACAUCAUAAUCAGCAUCUGUAUCCUCAUCCAACACGGCCACCGCCACCGCCUGGAUACCAACCUCCUUAUCCUGUGCAGCAGCCCUAUCCACCACCACCACCACCACCACCACCACCACCACCGCCGCCGCCGCCGCCGCCGCCGCCUGGAUACCCAUAUCCUUAUCCUCUACCUCCUCAUUAUCCUCAUUAUCCACAUUAUCCACAGCCACCCCAAGAGCCAAAUCGUCCAGCUCCUAAACCUGAUCCAUGCCCCGUGA